AUGACGAAAUCCAGUCAUUACAGCAUUACAAUUGCUAAUCCUCGAGAAGGGGAAAGGUAUUAUGAGAGGUUAUUACUAAACCAUGUAAGAGGACCAUUGUCAUUCAAUGACUUAUUCACUGUCAACGGUAGGCAAUGUGAUACCUUCAAAGAUACAGCCAAAGAAAGAGGGUUACUAGAGCUCUACAACAGUAUAUUAGAAUGUUUAGGAGAGACUGUUAUCUUCAAAAUGCAAGAAGCUCUCCGAAGUUUGUUUGCUACAAUUUUGGCACAAUCAAAUCCAGAACAAGAGCAAGCUUUUACAAAAAUAGUGCAAACAAUCGAUACUGGAACAACUGGAAUAUUCUUUGUGGAUGGACCUGGGGGAACUGGCAAAAUAUACCUAUAUUGUGCAUUGCUUGCCAAUGUUAGAUCAAGAGGUAUGACAGCUUUGGCUACAACAAUCAGUGGCGUAGCAGCUUCAAUUUUACCGGGUGGACGUACAGCACACUCAAGGUUUGAGAUCCCCCUACAAACAAAUGAGUCAACUAUGACGAACAUGUCAAAGAAAAAUGGUGCUGCCAAAUUGAUUAGAAAAGAAAAAGUGAUUAUAUGGGAUGAAGCCCCAAUGGCCAAGAGGCAAACAAUAGAAACAGUCGAUAGGAGAUUUAGAGACAUAAUGGACAUUGAUAAAUCGUUUGGUGGAAAAGUCAUGGUUUUUGGAGGUUAUUUUCAUCAGAUGUUACCAGUAGUUCCAAAAUCAACUAGAGCGGAAAUUGUAAAUGCAAGCUUGGUGAAAUCAUAUCUCUUGCCUUUGAUAGAGAAGAUUCAAGUUACGAGAAAUAAUGGGACAUACACAAAAAAACAUCAUCUAUAA